UCGUGAGGCUGUGAUUUUUCGUGAGUUUAUAUUAUGAUAAUUUAGCCUAAGAAAAAGAAAAGUAUGUGGUUACAUGAUGUUUUAAGAAAAAAAUAUAUAUAAUAAAUAGUACGUGAAUACUCAAUUGAGUCACAUGACACCGUUAACCGAAAAAGAAAAAAAAAAUGAUGACUGCUGGUGCUGAGUAGAUGAUCCAAAACUCCAUAUCAGAUUUUCACUAAGGUGGGUCCUUAGUUGCAGGCCACUUUAGGAUCUGACUCAGUCUGACCCAAAGUGGAAUCCAAAGGAGGAGAGACCCUAAUUUUUAUCAUAGUAAGAAAUAAAAAAAAAACUUGUGAAAAAACUCCCAUCCCAUGUUUGUUUUGUCUGACAGAGGUUUUUGAUGAUUUGUUUCUGGGUGUUUUGUUUUGUUUUGUUUGGCAGUUGAGAAAAUUCUCUUAAAAAAAGAAUCUUUAAGCUUACCUAAUAUGACUGUUGAGGAAAAAGAAAAACAAAGAGAAAAUGGACCACUUUGUUAUAUUCCUCUCUGCUUGUUUAGGAUGCUAACAAAUUAAAAUGACACCAUAUUAUUUUUUCUUAUAAGAAAGUUCCUCUUCUUGCCUCUAUUUUUACAUAUAUAAUAUGUAUAUAUGAUAUGCUUUGAAUAGUCGGCAUAAUCUGACUUAUGUAUAGGAGAAGAGUUUGAGGAGUGGGAAUAAAAUAAUUUCUCCACUCAUUAUGUCACCAUAUAUUAUAUAUUAUAUCUUUUUGUUUAUAUUAUAAUGUUAUGUAUUAACUUGUCAUCAUAUCAAGGUGACAUAUCGCAUAUAUAUAUAUUUAUAUAUGUAGAAAUAGAACCUUGUAACGCGUCUUCUGAGCGUGUUUUCUUGAAUAGUUCUGUGUAGCUUCUUCUUCUUCUUCUUUCAUUUAUAUGAUUUAUCCAUAUAUGCUGAUAUAUUUGUUCUUCCCGCGUUAAACUUUUUGUUUUUUUUAAUAACCCUUUCCGAAAGAAAGCAAAAUGGUGAGUCCAAGAGUGUGAGCUCUCUUGAAAAAGAUAUGGAUUCAGUCAAACCAUCAGCUGUUACACCACACAAGAACAAAUUAGCUCGAACUAUAGCAAAAGUUCUUCACCUGAGGGCUGCUGCCACAGCUGGGAUUGCUCCUGUCGAUGCAGGGAUUCAAAAGGUUGGGAUUCAGAUAGUUAAGGCCACUAGUGGCAGCGGUGAUAAGAUCAAGGUCAAGGACGAUAGAAAUUCUCAUGAUGAUGAAGAGCAUGAGGAGAGAAUGGCAAUGGAAGCUCUACUAGCCAAGCUCUUUGCCAGCAUUUCUACAGUCAAAUCUUCGUAUGCUCAGCUACAAUUCUCUCAGUCUCCUUAUGAUGUUGAUGGGAUUCAAGCUGCGGAUCGAAUGGUUGUUUCGGAGUUGAAGAACUUGUCUGAGUUGAAAAGAUGUUACUUGAAGAAACAGUUUGAUCCUUCCCCUGAAACUGCUUUGAUAAUUGCUGAGAUUCAAGAGCAGAAAAGCUUGUUGAAAACUUACGAAAUAACCGUGAAAAAGCUCGAAUCUCAAGCUAGACUCAAGGAUUCUGAGGUAAUAUUUCUCAGAGAAAAGAUAGAGGAAGCUAAUAAACAGAACAAACUGUUUGAAAAGAAGUUGAACCAAAGUGGGCAACUGUUAUGUGCUCUUGACAAUCUCCACUUAUCAGGCUUAAGUCCUAGCCAUUUCAUCACGGUUUUACGCCAUGCCAUUAGAUCGAUUCGAAGCUUUGUGAGGAUCAUGAUCGAGGAGAUGAAGUCAGCCAACUGGGAUUUCAAUGCCGCGGCCUAUGCAAUCCAACCUGAAGUGGUGUAUUGGAGAGAAGAACACAAAGUUUUUGCUUUUGAGUCGUUUGCUUCCCGGGAAAUGUUUGAUGGUUUCUGUUACCCCAACUUCGUUUUCUCAAAAGAACAAUCUUUAACUACAAAGCAAAGGGAGAGGUUCUUCUCCAGAUUCAUGGAGCUGAAAUCUUUGAAGCCAAAAGACUGUCUUAGUAAGAAGCCAAGAUCAGGUUUUGCCAACUUCUGUCGUUUAAAGUAUUUGAAACUCAUUCAUCCAAAGAUGGAAGUUUCAUUCUUUGGUGAUCAAAGCUAUAGAAAUCUCAUCCAAAACAAUGGUGAGUUUCCCAUCUUCUCUUCUUCUUCUUCUUCUUCCUCGUCUACAUUUUUAGCAUCGUUUUUUGAAAUGGCCAAAAGGGUAUGGCUACUUCACUGUCUAGCAUUCUCAUUUGAGCCCCAAGCUUCAAUCUUUCAAGCCCGGAGAGGGUGUCGUUUCUCAGAAGUUUACAUGGGAAGCAUAGCCGAAGAAGUGUUCCCUUUGCCAGAAAACGACACGUCGUUUUCUUCACAGGAAUCAGAUUCCCAUGUUGCUUUCACUGUCAUUCCCGGUUUCAGGAUCGGUAAGACUGUUAUUCAGAGCAAGGUUUACUUGUCCCAGAUCCUACAAUAACCGUUGAUGAGUUUAUGAUCCGACGGUGGAGGAUGAUGAGUCUUUGGAAUCUCUCAUUCCCAGUUUUGGGAGACUCAAAACUUCUCUGGGCAAUCUUUGUCCGGUAGUUUUUGAGGCCAUUUUGGGAAUAGGCAAAGCUCGGGGGCUGUUUAUUAAUUUUAAAUAUAUUUUUUUGGGAAAAAAAAACUAUUCGAAUAUUAAAAGAUUAUUAUUAAUUUUUAUUUUUCCCAAAAAACACAGUGAUUCUCCAAUUUUGUUAAUAUUAGGUUUAGGGGUGACAGAGGAUGGUCUUAGCUGUUUUGCAUAUUUUAGCUGUUACUUACUAGACAAUGAGUAAGUUUAUAUAUAUUAAAAGCUUUUAAUUAUGUAAAUAUUAAUAAUAUUAUUAUUUUAUAUAUAAUAUAAGAUUGAGAUUUCUAUGACCCA